AUGAGAAUGCUCGAACAGCAGAAACGCAGCGCAAUGAAACCGCAUAUGCCCGACAAAGCCUCGCUUGAGGCUGACAAGAUGGAAUUACUGGCAGUAGGGACCAGCGCAGCGGUCUACGCGCUCAAUGACACCCGCGUGCUCAAAAGGUACCCGUCGGCAAACGAAGCAUUUCAAAGAGAAACACUCGUUUACGAGCGCCUUGGCCAGCAUGACGAUAUCGCACGACUUUUCGGAACCACCACAACCGGCAUCGUGCUCAAGCGAGGAGAAUUUCUGCGCAAAGUGCUACAGAGUCGAAUACCGGGCGACCACGACGCGGGGAACUUGAGCUGGGCGAUCCAAGCGGCCGAAGGCCUCCUUCUCAUGCACUCGAGAAACGUGGUUGAUGCUGAUGUCGGACCGCACAAUCUGAUCCUGGUGGACUCGACGUGGAUCAAGUGGAUCGACUUUGAGGGCAGCGGAAUCGAUGAUCAACCAGCGAGAGCUUCUUACGACAUCCAUUACUGGCGUCCAACGGAAGGAGAUGCGUCGUUCACCACAGACGUCUUUGCCUUUGGAUGCCUUCUCCUCGAGAUUGAGUAG